CUUUUUUCUCCGUUCUUCACUGUCCCUUCCAUUUAAUGCCAUCAACCAAACCAUAAUAAUCUUAUAGUGAUGCUUUAAAUUUGGUUGGCUACAUAACCAGCUAAGGUUAAUUAUUACUAAGCUUUACUACCCCAAAACAAUGGAAAGGAGCAAAAUACAAGUGCUUUAUGAUGCUAGCCAUGCCGUGUUUUCUCAAGAGGGGCUUCCAACCUUUCAACAAAUCCACUAUCUAAAAACUUUGCUAGACAAAAUUGAAGCUAUUGAUGUAGGAGUCGACGAGUCCGGGUUGUGUGAUUCUCCAACAUCAGACGCAACCGUUGAUAGCAGCAGCAGCAGCAGCAACAGCAAGGGUUUGCUUUGUGGACACGGAUUCUCUGAGAUAACAUACAUUCACAUUCAUGAAUGUGACUAUUUCUCUAUGGGUGUAUUCUGUCUUCCAGCAGGAAAAGUGUUUCCACUUCAUGAUCACCCGGGAAUGACAGUGUUGAGUAAGCUCUUGUAUGGCUCUACCUGUGUCAAAGCUUAUGACUGGAUCGCAUUGGAUUGUGCUGGAAGCCAAACAAUAGGAUUGGCUGGGAGGGUAGUGGAUGAAGUAAUCAAAGCACCACAGGAACCAUCCAUAUUAUUUCCAAGAAGUGGUGGCAAUAUUCAUUCUUUCACAGCGUUGACGCCAUGUGCAAUACUAGACGUGCUAUCUCCACCAUACUCUGAAGAGUUUGGAAGGCCUUCCACUUACUUCUCAGAUAUCCCUAUCCCUUCUCUUAAUGGUUAUGCCAUACUUGAAGAGAAACCAAUGCCUAGUAACCUAGUUGUUCAAGGAGCACCAUACCUUGGACCUUCAAUUGUAACCGUUGACCAUUACAACUUCGGUCAAAUCGAUUUUGAUAAUCACGUGUAAAUUGAGUGUCUUUUUUGAACAGUACAAAUUAAAUAGAAUAAUACAAAAUACUAUUCAUAUAUCAUAU